AUGUCCGAACCUCCAGGCUCAACAGCACCACCGCGAAAACGACGCAGACCAGCACUGUCUUGCGAACAAUGUCGGCGCCGAAAGAUCAAAUGUGAUAGGGCCUAUCCAUGUGGUCAGUGUUUGCAGUCCAAAACCGCCUCUUGCAGCUACAGUCCAGACACUGUUCAAACGCUUCGUCACGUGAGCGAAACAGGUCCAGCCUGCCCUCAAACAGUUUUUCAAUCCUUAGCGGGUAUCCCAACCCGACGGCGAGAUAUCCCAGGAGACUCAAGUGCACAUGCGUCUUCAGCUGGAGUAUCGCCGAAUGCCAUUUCGCACUCUGAGGCCACCCACUCCAGCUCAUGGACAUCCCUAAGUGCUCAUGCAUAUGAUGACGAGCCGCCUGACCCUAAAACACUCCUUCUGCGCCUCGAGAAGGUUGAGAAGAAAUUGGCGAGCUCGGGUUCCCAACCCUAUUUCCCCACAUGCGAGUCAUAUAAUCCGAGCCCAUUUUCCAAAGGACUUCGUGGUACGGUAUCGAAAACUCGAUUCUUUGGCCCAACUCAUUGGAUGCACUCUUAUGGAGUAUUCGACAAAGUAGCCCCGAUGCGUAUGGAUGGAGAUGAUCCGAGUCCUACCUUCAGUCACGACCUAGAGGCAUCCGCAAUUGGUCGCCACAUCGUCCAAUUGACAGAAAAAUGCAAGUCGCUAGCAAGAACUGUCAAGUCUGUCCCCUACACACAAUGGCUUGCCAAUCCGAACUUCAGAGGGGCCGUUCCUUCGAGGGCGGUGGCGGAUAUCUUAGUAGACCUUUACUUCAGAACCUCCGAAUCCGUCUAUCGAAUUCUUCAUAUCCCCUCGUUUCGGCAGGAAUACGAACUGUAUUGGCAGAACCCCAAUGCUGCAAGUCCUACUUUUAUCCUUAAACUUCUACUUGCUAUGUCGAUAGGGACCCUUCUUUACCAGGGUCGAGACGCUACGCAUUGGCGAAGUGAAGCAAUGAAGUGGAUAUUUGCAGCACAGGCCUGGCUGUCGUCGCCGUUCGAAAAAGCUAGGUUGCAUACGUCGGCCAUUCAAUUGCAAUGCCUUUUACUUCUAGCUCGCCAGGAUCAUUCAGUUGCCGGUGACCUCGUCUGGAUUUCAGCUGGAUCUCUUCUUCGAACUGCGUUGCAGAUGGGUUACCAUAGGGACCCAAAGGUUCUCCCGAAAAUGUCAGCUCUGCAAGCAGAAACACGUAGGAGGUUAUGGGCUACAAUCUUGGAGAUCAAUCUUCAGUCCGCGCUUGACUCGGGCAUGCCUUUGCUUCUCUCUAUCGACGACUUUGAUACGGAGCCUCCAGCCAACAUUGACGAUGCCGACAUGAGCGAAAGCACAGUUGGCCCAGUAAUCGCGAAGCCAAGUACUAUUUUUACCCAGACUUCCAUCCAAAUUGCGCUCCUCAAAUCAUUUCCACUUCGCCUAGAGGUCGUUCGAUUUGCAAACAAUCUCCGGGGUGAACCGUCGUACGAUGACGUUCUUCGCGUCGGGUCCUCCCUGUCGAAAGCGCUCAAGGAAAACACUUCCUUUAUUUCCAGAGUUAAUCAAUCACGAGAACCGUCAGCGAGAGUUUCACAGCUUCAGCAAAACUUAUUCGAUCUCUCUAUUAGACGUUUCCUAUUGCUAGUCCACCGCCCUUUUGCCGCCAAGGGACUAAAGGAUCCCCAUUAUUACUUCUCGCGGAAAAUGUGUCUGGAAACCGCCGUCACGAUGCUAAAAUACCCUUGUUCGGAUUAUCCACCCCCAGGAAUGGUCAGUGACGGUACGCGGGACGAUUAUGCUCAACUCAAAACGAUAAGUGGUGGCUUCUUCAAAAGCAUAAUGGUUCACGUCUCAAUGGUAAUCUUCUCAGAACUUUGGUCCCAAAUUGAAGAAGAUAUCACAUUCUCUGAGCAGGGAAAAGCCAGUCGAGAACAUCUCAAGCAAUGCCUGCGAGAAGUCACCACUUUAUCCGCCAAUCGAAUCGCCGAGGUUGAGAACAAUAUCAAAGGGAAUUUGUUCAUGUCCCUCCUUAUGGCUCAAAUUGACGCUAUGGAGGAAGGAAUUGAUCCCGGGGCAAGCGCCUUAGAUACCGCUACGAAGAGUGCAGACAUGUGCUAUGACUUGUUAGUUGCGAGAUAUUCGAACAUGAAUGACUCAAUACCUCCAGUGGACAAUGGCAAUGGCACGAAUGAUACAAUGGGAUUUUGUGGUGGGCAAGAUUUCAGCAUGGACUUUGCGAUGCAGGACUGGACAUUGGACCCGGAGAGUAAUCAGGAGACUUGGUUCAAGUCGGGAUUUGAAGAUGGCGCCUGGUGGCACUGCUGA